UGGGCGGUAGCUGUAUGCAGCUGGUAGCGGGCAAAACCAUUCUCAAGGCUACUCAAAACCUCAAUCCUCUUCCGGUAAUUACCAUUUUCCGCUUACUUUCCCUUUCACCCCGACCGUUCCCUCCGCCAACUUCACCCACUACUCUCUCUUACACUCUACUUUCCUCCUCGAAAACCAUCCUAUAGCUCAAACUCAUUUGCUCCGUGAACAUGACUUCUAUCACCUCCGUCGAACUCAACUAUCUCGUAUUUCGCUACCUUCAGGAAUCAGGUUUCACACAUUCUGCUUUUGUGUUUGGGAAUGAAGGUGGCAUUAACAAGUGCCCCAUUGAUGGAAAUUUGGUACCACCGGGUGCUCUUGUCACCUUUGUUCAGAAGGGACUACAGUUCUUGGAGAUGGAAGCCAACUUGAGUAAUUGUGAUGCAGACUUUGAUGAAGAUUUUUCGUUCUUACAACCUUUGGAUCUUAUCACAAAAGAUGUGCAUGAACUUAAGAAAAUGAUAAAUGAAAGAAGAAGAAAACUACAAAAGGGUAAAAAUAAGGAACCUGAAAAAGAGCAUGAUGGUGACCGCGGACGGGUAAGAGAAAAGGAAAAACAUGAAAGGGAUAAAGAAUUUGAAAAGGAUAAAGAGAAGGUAGAAAAUAAAAAAGAGCCAGAACCGGUUAGUGAAAAUCCGAUCAGUAGAGAUAUGGUCUUAGAUCAAGAAGAUAAGGUUAAUAGUGCUAAAAAAGAAGAUAAGGUUAAUGGUGCUAAAAAAGAAGAUAAGGUUAACGAUGCUAAAAAAGAAGAUAAGGUUAAUGAUGAUGCUAUAAAAGAAGAAAAGGUUACUGUAAAAGAUGAUGACGAUGGAGCAUUUAGAGGACCAGAGCCCAUGGACAUCUGUACAACAUCAACAUUUCAGCCAUGUGAAAUUCCUAGCUCUGAUGUGAUAACUUUGGAAGGACAUACUUCAGAGGUCUGUGCUUGUGCAUGGAGUCCUACAGGAUCCCUUCUUGCAUCAGGGUCUGGGGAUUCAACAGCUCGUAUUUGGACGAUAGAUGAAGGGAGAUGCAAAUCUGAUUCCAAGAUUGACCCUUCUAAUGUAUUGGUGUUGCCACACCUUAGGGGUAUAAACAAUGAAAAGAGUAAAGAUGUCACUACACUUGAUUGGAAUGGGGAGGGGACACUACUUGCAACCGGUUCGUAUGAUGGUCAAGCACGAAUUUGGACCACUAAUGGUGAACUGAAGAGUACAUUAAUCAAACACAAGGGACCCAUAUUUUCUUUGAAGUGGAAUAAGAAAGGAGAUUAUAUUCUUACUGGAAGUUGUGAUACGACUGCAAUUUUAUGGGAUGUUCAAGCAGAGAAAUGGAAGCAACAAUUUGAAUUUCAUAAAGGUCCAACACUUGAUGUUGAUUGGCGCAAUAAUGUGUCAUUUGCAACAAGCUCCACUGACACCAUGAUACAUGUUUGCAAGAUUGGCGAAAACCAUCCAAUAAAAACUUUUGCCGGGCACCAGAGUGAAGUAAAUUGUAUCAAAUGGGAUCCCACAGGUUCACUACUGGCCUCGUGUUCAGACGAUAGCACUGCAAAGAUAUGGAGUAUGAAGCAAGAUACGUUUAUUCAUGACUUUAAGGAGCAUUCGAAGGAAAUAUAUACUGUCAGAUGGAGCCCAACUGGUCCUGGUACAAUUAACCCGAAUAAGAAAUUGGUGUUGGCUAGUGCAUCAUUUGACUCUACCGUAAAGCUAUGGGAUGUGGAGCUCGGGAAACUGAUCUACAACUUGAAUGGACACAGGGAUGGUGUAUAUUCUGUUGCAUUCAGUCCCAAUGGGGAGUAUUUAGUCAGUGGUUCCCCUGACAAAUCCAUACAUAUAUGGUCUUUGAAUGACGGCAAGAUCAUCAAAACAUACAAUGGCAAUGGAGGUGUUUUUGAGGUCUGUUGGAAUAAGGAAGGUGACAAGAUUGCGGCCUGUUUUGCUAAUAAUACAGUUUGCAUUUUGGAUUUCAGAAUGUAAGGUCCUGAGAUACACCACCUUACUUUGGUUAGCUACUCGGAUAAUUUUUUUUUAUCUGACAUAUCGAUUUACCUGUAUUUUGGUUCUGUAGAUCUCCCAUUUUAACCAUUGUUAUCAUUAGUACCGAUUAGCAGUGUACUCUUUUAACUUAAAAUAUAAUUAUUUUCCCGCCUUAUGUAUCCACAUAAGUUGAGCUUUUCCUGGUUUUAGAUUCACUAGCAUAUUCUACUGUGUUUUUAAAUAAAACCCAGGAUGAAGUCCUGUCUAGGUUGGCA